AUGCCACCUGUCCGAGGCCGCCUCCGCAUCGGUGAGACCCUCGGGGACACCUACGAGAGCAACCACGGCCGCGAGAGAGGGUCGUUUCGUGAUGUGCUCACCACAGGUCUCGUCGAGUUCACGCACGACACGUCCGCGACCAUGCACUGGGCAGCGACACGCUUCCGCGACCGCGUCUUUGUCGGGCACCGCGCGAAGCUCAUGGGCUGGCCCCCAGGCAUCGAGUUCGCGAACAUGAGCAACCUCAAGGACGCGCCAACGGCGAAGAUCCGGACGCUGCUCGAGUUCUGGGAGAACGGGUGGAUGUACUGGGCGGCGGCAACGCCCGGCGAGGUGCUCGCGGCGCAGGAGAGCGUGUACAACGCGCUGCCGGGCGCGCUGUUCCCGAACCCGGAUGCGCCGGUGCCGCGCGCGCAGCGGAGCGACGUUGGGGCGCAUCGUGCGCGUCCGGUCACGAACCCGGACAACCGCUGGCGGGUGCGCUUCCCCGACCGCCAUGGGGCGAAGAGUGACCGGGUUGUCGGCGACGAGUGGCUCCUGGAGGAGGCGGGCGCGGGUGCAGUGGAGGACGGGCCGGAGGAGAUCGAGGACACGGACGAGUGGGAGCGCGAGGCGUGGCGGACGCGCAGGCUGCCGAGCGGCGAGCUCGCGGACGACCUCAUCGAGGAGUUCUAG